GAAUUUGGUGGAAAUUAGCAACACGUGUCAAGCUGUGAGGUUUAGAAAGCAGUGAUAUAGCAAUACGUGUCAAUCCCCUGCAGAAACUUGCAAGUUGCAAAGAUCCCCUUGUUAGACAUGGCACGAGCAUGCAUGCUUGUUUUGUUGCACUUGCACCAUUUUGUAAACAGGUUCCGUGGAGUAAUUGGAUUUUGGAGAACACACACGGGUUUAUGUUGUCAAUAAUUAACAUCUCAACAGAAGGGAAAGUGCAAAUGUUGAUUGAGUGUUUGAACAUAUGCUUCACUCAUGCUAAUUGAACUGCAACAAUUCUGAAGUGUUCAGAGAGAAAGAUGCUUAAGGAAUGGCAUCACCAAAUAAAUAUUUCUCACACUAUGAAGGAAUAUACACAAAUCUUCACGAACCCGCUCUCAUAAUUGCGGGGUGUUCAGUGCUUGUAGCUCUAGUUCUCUCCAUUGUUCUUAUUCUACAACAUCUCAGAUCAUAUACCAAACCUGAGGAACAGAAGUGGAUUGUUGCUGUUAUUUCUAUGGUCCCAAUCUAUGCUACUGAGUCUAUUAUUUCUUUGUGGAAUCCAAAAUUAUCUCUUGCAUGUGACAUUUUGAGAAACUACUAUGAAGCCUUUGCUCUGUACUCUUUUGGAAGAUAUCUAAUUGCUUGUCUUGGUGGUGAAGGAAGGGUUGUGGAACUACUUGAAGAUGAAUCUGGAGGACACCUUAGAAAACCUUUGUUGAAUGGUUUAGAUGAGAAUCGCAGCACAGAAGACAGAUCGUUUUGCAACUUCUUUUGGCGGCCGUGCAAACUUGGAAAAGAUCUUCUGGCAAUACAAAAAUUUGGUCUUGUGCAAUAUAUGAUUCUGAAGACUGUUUGUGCAUUCUUAGCAUUAAUAUUGGAACUGUGUGGUGUUUAUGGUGAUGGGGAAUUCAAGUGGUACUACGGGUAUCCAUAUAUAGCAGCAGUAUUGAACUUCAGCCAGAUGUGGGCAUUAUACUGCCUUGUGCAGUUCUAUAAUGUUACUCAUGAGAGACUUCAACCAAUAAAGCCACUUGCAAAGUUCAUCAGCUUUAAGGCUAUUGUGUUCGCUACAUGGUGGCAAGGCGUAGGUAUCGUGCUGUUGUGUACAUUUGGAGUGCUACCUCAGCAGGAGAAACUACAAACUGGACUGCAGGAUUUCUUAAUUUGUAUCGAGAUGGCCAUUGCAGCUAUUGCUCACGUGUUUGUAUUUUCCGCCAAACCAUAUUAUCUUCUUCCUGCUGCUUCUGCAUGUGGAAAAGUCACAAAGGAAACAACAGAAGCAGCCAUAGCGAUCAAUGAAGGGGACGAGCAGAAACCAGCUGCAUUGCUUAAAGAGACAACUACAGAAGUUGAGGCUCCAAGAACAAGCGUCAAAGAGAGCGUCCAGGAUAUUGUUGUUGGAGGUGGUCAACGGGUUGUCAAUGAUGUCGUGCUGACGAUAAAUCAAGCCAUAGGGCCUGUGGAAAAGGGAGUGACGAGGAUUCAGCAGACCUUCCAUCACAAAACAGUGGUUUCAUCAGAUGACGAGGAAGAAGAAGAAGAAGAAUCAGAAGUGAAAGUUGAGAAAGAUGUCACAGAAAUCGUAUAGGGAAAGAGAAUGAAAUGUCAAUGAUGUAAUUAUAAGGAUGAAAAUCACACUGAAGAGUCUACCUUCUUUUUUCAGAUUAAAAUAUCAUAAAUGUUAGGCUGUCUUACAUAUAAAGUUUCUUACAAAUUCUGUUGUAGCUCUAGGACUUGCUAGAAUAGAUUCAUCAGAUUGUUUAGAUAUCAUUUCUUUGGCACCAACCUAAAAGAUAAAAUGACAAUAUCUUGAUAGCAUAUGAGCACAUAAUUUGACAAGCUACAUUUUGUAACU